AUGAACGAAGGAUCUCCAAGUGUUCCCGAAGGAAGUCAUACGAUUACCAUAUCGCAGGCUCCUGCACUGCUUCAGUUGCGGGCAGAUGAUUCGAAAAAAGACACCAAAGCCAAGAAGAAGGCUAAGUCAAAGGUGAGAUGGGAUGAAAAGGUUGUGGAUAACGAGUUUAUGAAUAAGAAGAAAACGAAAAUCUGCUGUAUUUUCCAUCCGAAUACUCCUCUCGAUAGUGACGAAGAAGAGUGUGAGCAUGACCAUGGGCAUGACUCGUCAUCAUCAUCAUCGUCAUCAUCUUCUUCGGAUGAAGAUGAGGGGAAGAGUUUCGAUGAAAGAAGAAAAGCAAGGCUUGAAAGACGUAAGAAGAAGUUGGAGCAACAGCGCACACCUAGCCCGAAUGCUUACGAGAUACAACCGGAUUACAGCGAAUAUAGAGACAAAAUUAGAUCCAAAGGUGCAUGA